UGAAUGGAUCGUAAUCUAUUUAUAAUAUUAGAGAAAAGACGAGUUAUAGUAGUUAAUCGAUGAAUAGAAUAAGGAUGAGUUUUCAGAUGACUAGGAUUUAGUGUCUCAAAUGGAUAUUGAGGAUUUUGAAUAGCGAUUACAUACUAGUCAAUCUUUUGUUAGAGAGAAACCUCCAUAACAUAAUUCAAGAGCUCAAUCAGGUAUGACUCAAACUGGGAAGCCAUAACCACAAAGUUUGAAAGAUCUGAAUGAGAAAAUGUAGUAAAAUCUAGCGAAAAAGCAAGUAAAUUAAUAGACCAGAGUCUAAGGAUAAUAGAGAUCAUAAUAGUAAUUUUCACAAACUUAGCAAGUCCAAAAAAAAUAGGAGUAUUGAAACAAUUCAAAUAAUUUAUUUAGUAAGAGGAAAUCUGUAGAGCCUAGAGCAAACAAUAAUCCACGUUAAGUGUUGGAAUAGGCUCAAAGGGACAAUUAGGAAUUGUUGUAAAAAUUAGGGAUAAUGAAGAGAUAACUACAAUCAUUGGAAGCAGAGAAUGCUGAGUUGAAAUAGGAAAUUUAGAGGAAGGGUAAUUCGAGUGGAUUUUUGCCGAAGAUAGAAUAGGCAGGGAAUUCUGAGUUGAAAUUGUUGAGAAUGGAAAAUGAAGAGUUGAAGAGAAUCAUCUAAAAAUAAAAUGUAACGAAAGUGAAACAUUUUGUUUUAGGGUAGUGAUUCUGGAAAGAUGUUAUAGAUGUACGGUUUGUAGGUAGUGAAAUUGAAAUGUAGAAUAGAAGAGCUCACUUAGUAAUUGGAGAAAUAGUGA